GCAUUUUUUUUUUUCAUUCAUCUCAUUGUCACCACCAUUAUUAUCAUCGUCAUCAUCAUCAAAACAUUCAUUCGUCGUUGUUCGUUGUGUGGUGUUCUUCGUCAGCAUCAUUUUCUUCAUUUUUUUUUCGUUGCAAUUGAUUUUUCUAUUCAUAAAAAUGAUUUGAUGUGAAGAUUGAUCUACUUCCUGUGUCGAUAUAGUCGUCGUCGUCGUCGUUCAACAUACAUCAUCGAGUUUUUUUUCAUGAAUUUUUUUUUCUUUCUUCGAUUGAUUUUCAUCAAUUGAUUCCUGUUGCUGUUGUGAAACCAUUUUCAAGGUGGAAAAAGAUGGCUCAUAAUAAUGGUGUUCAUUUUGAUGAUUCAGAUACAUCGACUAAUGAUUCACAAACAACAACAGCAGCUACAGCUGCCAAUUGUAAUGGUUUUUCAAAUAGUAAACAAAAAAUUCAACGAAAUCUUCCAAUCAUUACAUUAGAUGUACAUAAAGGUGAACCAAUUCGUUUACAGGUCAAAGUAAUGGUUCCCAUUGAUGAUCAUCCAAAUUAUAAUUUUGUCGGCAAAUUACUUGGUCCAAAAGGAAAUUCAUUAAAAUGGCUACAGGAACAAACGCAAACCAAAAUGGCAAUUCUUGGACGUGGAUCAAUGAAAAAUAAACAAAAAGAAAAAGAAUUGCGUGAAACAAAUGAUCCAAAAUAUUCACAUUUGAAUGAAAAUUUACAUGUUGAAAUCACUGCCAUUGCAACGGCACCAGAAGCCUAUCAACGUAUUAGUCAAGCAUUAGUGGAGAUUAAAAGAUUUCUAGUACCGGAUUAUUUUGAUGAUAUACGACAACAACAAUUACGUGAAUUGGGUGUAAUUCAUGAUGAUGAUUCCAAUCACCAUCAUCAUUGUCUUCGGCAUCAGAAUUCGCAAACAUUAAAAUCUGCCCAAAUUAAAAUGGAUUCAACAAACACAUCAUCAACAUCAUUAUCGUUGUUAUGUAAUCAUCACCAUCAUGAUGAUAAAAUUGAUGCAAUCACCAUAAUCGAUAAUGAUAAACUACAUCAUCGAAAUCAAUUAUUUACAAAUUGUAAUAAAAAUGAUAUCAAAAUUAAAGAAUUGGUGGAUAAAUCAUGUUCAACAUCAUCAUCGAUAUUAUCAUCAACGACGAUUCAUAAUCAAAACCACCAUCAUAAACAACAAUUGUAUCCAACAAUUUGA